CUGGCUGGGUACGCGCAGAAAGCAGCUACGCAGGAGAGAGGGGCAGAAGCCGAAUGGUGGAGCUGAAGAUGGCGGAUGGCGACAGCGGGAGUGAGCGCGGUGGUAGCAGCGGGGGAGGAGGCGGAGGCGGCUUCCAGCACUUCCAGAGGGACCAGGAGACCCAGGAGCUGGCGUCCAAGCGCCUCGACAUCCAGAACAAGCGCUUCUACCUGGACGUCAAGCAGAACAGCAAGGGCAGGUUCAUCAAAAUCGCCGAGGUAGGGGCCGGGGGCUCCAAAAGUCGUUUGACCCUCUCCCUGUCAGUGGCGGCGGAGUUCCGUGACUACCUCGGGGAUUUCAUCGAGCACUACGCCCAGCUGGGGCCUAGCAGUCCGGAGCAGAUAGCCCAGGCUUCUGUGGGUGAGGACGGCGGGCCCAGGCGAGCGCUCAAGAGCGAGUUUCUCGUCCGGGAAAACCGCAAGUACUACCUGGACUUGAAGGAGAACCAGCGGGGGAGGUUCCUGCGGAUCCGGCAGACCGUAAACCGUGGACCGGGCUUCGGAGUCGGGGGCCCCGUGGGCGGCAUGCUGGCCGGCCAGACCAUAGCCCUUCCGGCCCAGGGGUUAAUAGAGUUUAGAGACGCCCUUGCCAAGCUCAUAGAUGAUUACGGGGGAGACGACGAUGAGCUGACCGGGGGCACGGCCGCCGGGGGCUACGGCGAGCUCCCCGAGGGCACCUCCAUCAUGGUGGACUCCAAGCGGUUCUUUUUCGACGUCGGCUCCAACAAAUACGGGGUGUUCCUGCGCGUGAGCGAGGUGAAGCCCAGCUACAGGAACUCUAUCACCAUCCCGUUCAAAGCCUGGAGCAAAUUCGGCGGAGCUUUCUGCCGAUACGCCGAGGAGAUGAAGGAGAUCCAGGAGAGGCAGCGGGAUAAAAUGUACGAGCGGAGGGACGAGUCCGAGGGGGACGACGUGGACGACGACUGAGGGGAGAAAAGUUUAGUCCAGUUACACGACAGAUCUGCAAUAUAGGGGUAUUUUGCUAAAGAUUAAAAAAAAGAAAGUGCAUGACAAAUCGUGCUGUUAUAGCCUACUAAAGUAAAGUAUCCGUGGCGUUAAAAAAGUACAUGUGCAGGGAAUUAUUGGUGUAUUAUCCUAAAGUUUGUAGGGUUGAGGGUUGGAGUGGUUGUGUGCAUCUCUGAAAGUGAAAAAAGUGGACUAAAUGUGUAAAUGAGAUAUAUCUCAUUGGCUGAAAAAAGAGUGCUUUAUUGUUUAAAAAAAGAAGAAAGACAGAACCUAUACUAAAACCAGCAAAUUGGUUUUUAUAACUAGAAAUGAAGCCAAUGAAUGCUUUCCUAUUUGCAGCAUAGUUUCUAUUUAAGAGUGAGGAGUCAACCUGUUUAAGAUGUUUUCCUUGCUCACUUUUAAAGGAGAGAAGAACGAGCAUCCAUUGUAUUCCUGUUCCGGUCCAGGUCUCUCCUCAGUGGGCUCAGUGUAUGUGAGGGUGUGUGUGGGGUUCAUGCAAGUCAGACAGAUGAAGCUGAGAGGAAUGUAUAGAAAGCUGCUGUCACUCUGUGGGAUGUGUUUUUUUGCGUUAAGAGAUGGAGCUGAGCAGCAGCAGCAGCAGCAGGCCGAUAACUGAAAAGAUUACCCAAAAUGUUAGAGGGGAAGUUACUGAGAGGAUUAUCUGUAAGCCCAAACAACAAGGGCCUCGUGGACUUAAAUUAAAGCUUUUGACUCCAGAAGUCAAUUACAGUGCGGAUCAGCUCGGUUUUAUGUUAUACAUACAAUCUUGGCAAUGUUUUCAAAGCAUAAAUCACAUUGUUUUCAGCAACGUUCACAUUCAGCGAGGAGCAGGAGGAGGAGGAGGAGGAGGAGCGGCCAUGUUUCCUGACACCAGAGCAUCUCUGGUGUUUGAGAAACCACCGCCAACACGUGGCGAGAGAGGACUGCCUUUAUUUUGUGUUUCAUUGUGUAUGUGGGAGCCCACCCCACCUGGGACAACAUACAGAUAUAUGAAUAUAUAUUUAUGGGACUUUAAACGAUGCUCACUCGCCUCCCACGCGCCACAGCAAAAGGGUCCAAAUGUCCGGGAGCAUCAGAUGCAAAGUGGAGCCUCUGCCCAGAACCGCAGAGUUUUCCCAUCAUCCUCUCUGUCGAGGUCGUGAGCUGGACGGGCGUCCGUCUCCUCCAGCCUCAGGGCCGUUUUCUGACGUAACUGACAACAUCCUCCAACACGUGAAGACCCUGGACAGAAACGCAUUGAUGGAUGUUUCCUUUUUUUGUUUUGUUUUUUCAAAAGAGAACUAUAUUGAAAUGAGAUUCUACUUAUAGGAAAGAUAUUACCGAACAAACCAGCAAAUCACAUAUUUUGAAAUACUUAUAAAGGAAAAUGUAUUGUGUAAAAAAGAAUUUCAAGACUAAAAAAAAAGAAAUAAAAAGAAAAGGUUAAUUUCUUAAAACAAAGUUGUGACUCAAACCUCCAGAUUAUUUUUCAUUUUGUUUUUCCUAGAGUGAAAGUAUAACACUUCCUUAAUUAAAACUACUUUAAAUGCAAUAACCAAA